AUGUCUGAGGAGCGAUCGCGGCGGUUGUCACAAAUCUUUGACCCGCUGUCCAGGUUCACUGAUCAUGCUGUGCCGGGCUCUUCCAGCACUCCAAAUAGCCCGAGGUUGUUGCCAAGACGGCAGAGAGAUGGACCGCCACCUCCACCGAGACCCUUUGCCCACUCCUCUCGUAUGGAUCCAUUGGAGUACGAGUUGGCGGCUGCCGAUGAAUCUGCCAACUGGCAGGAGAGAUGUCUGGAGUUACAAUUGGAGUUACACAGGAGUAAGCACCAGGCGACGCGGGUUCGAGAUAUGUUACGAGAUAAGGUAGGGUAA